AGAAAAGAUGUAUAUUUAUAGCUACUGCAUACUUUCAGGUAAACAAGGAAGUAGAACUGGGUUAAUAGCAGAUGUAGGCUUGACAUUUAAACACAGACCUUAAUGAUCUUCAAACAUGUGUCAUAUGUUGACACAUGUGCGUCAACAUAUGGGUGACUAUACUACAAGGUCAAGAAAUGUCAAGCAACAGUCAAACAAAACUGGAAAAGUUGAGCUGUAUCUGUGCAGGUUGUCCUCACACUGAAAGAAAUACAUUCACACUGAAUGGCAAAAGUGUUUAUACAUAUUUUUGCACUUACAUUUACAGGAUAACAACACAGGAGUUAGAGGAAAUUACACCACAUUUAAAUCAAUAAUUCUUCGAUAUGGCUUGCACCCCUGCAUGUCGGCAGUAAAGGAGAUGGGAAGAUGUGUAAACAAUGGCAGCUAUACUCAUUAACACUUAAAAUGAAUUAUUAGCGUUAAGAAAGAGCAGCAACCUAUUAUGUUAAACAAUGAAAUACAAUCUUAUAUCUUAUAUCCAUCUUAUAUCUAACAAUGCAGGUUUAUGCAGAAACUUGGUCUAGGAAAAGGGCUCAGCCAUGGACUACUACGGAGAAGAUCGCAACUGCACUAAUGUGGACCAACUAAUGAAACGCUAUUACCUGCCUGUCUCCUACGCCAUCAUCUUCAUUGUGGGCCUGGUGGGCAACUUAAUCUCUAUCAGCAUUUACCUGACGAAGCUGCGUCCCUGGAAGAGCUGCAGCAUCAUCAUGGUCAACCUGGCGCUGACCGAUCUCCUCUACGUCCUCAGCUUGCCCUUUCUGGUCUACUACUACAGCAACGGGGAUUCAUGGACGCUAGGUGACUUCAUGUGCCGCUUUGUUCGCUUAGGGUUUCAUUUUAACCUGUAUGGGAGCAUCCUCUUCCUGACAUGCCUGGCAAUUUUCCGCUACGUGGUGGUGAUCUAUCCUUUUAGCGCAGCACAGUUGCAGCGGAAGUUUUGGGGUAUAAUUGCGUGCUCGGCUGUCUGGGUCAUCACUGCUGCCGAAAUUGCACCCAUGUUGACCGUGAUAAGCUUGAAGGAACACGACAACAAGACCUUCUGCCUAGACUUUGCCAGCAGCAUAGAUGAUGACAAGAUGUGGGUAUAUGGCUGGCUGCUCACUGCAUUCGGGUUUCUCCUCCCCCUAGUGGUGGUGUUCAUGUGUUACAUCGGUAUAGUAAAACAAUUGGUAGAAGGGCCUAACCCAACCACUCCCUGUCGGAUGAGAGCACGGCGAGUGACCGUGCUGAUCCUGGUGGUGUUUGUCGUGUGUUUCCUGCCGUUUCACAUCUUGCGUGCAGCGCGGAUAGAAACCCAAAGGCUGUCAAAGUUGCCGUGCAUGGUCGAGCGCGGAGUGCAUGCAGCGUACAUCAUCUCCAGGCCUUUGGCUGGACUCAACACAUUUUUCAACCUAGCUCUGUACACUUUUUCAGGUGAUAAUUUCAGGAGGGCCUUCCUCAGUAUUUUUUACAAGGAACCCUGGCUGGCCAAGGCCAGGUCGCUGUUCCACUUGGCCAUCAUCAGUAAGGAAAACAAUGACAUGCCUGCUGAAUGACUGUCGACAAUCCAGCAUCUGACUUUUCUUUCUUUCUUCUCUCUUUGACUCACACUGUGGAUAUAUUGUAAGCUUACUCACUCAGACAUGAUGUCGGGAAAGCUGCAUGACAGCUGUUAAUUCUUCACUGUGCACCUCCAAACUGGUUCCUUAGUUUUGGUUUGUCGUAGGUAGGAACUAUGUGCCAACCUCUAAAAUGUAAAUAUAAAUGACUGACAAUGCUACAAUAUUUAUAUGUUAGGUAUGUCCGCACCUUUUCUUUCUCUGACUGGAAGUCACAUGAACAAAUAUCUGGAAUCACUUUGUUUUUACCGUAUAUUUUAUGUCACAAACAAUGUAAUAGAUUGUUCUGUUUG